AUGGCUUGGAAUGAUCCAACAAACGACCCAUCGCUCGUUGAUGCUUUUAACACCGCAAAUUCUCUCGGAUUUAAAUUGUUCUUCUCUCUGGAUUAUGCCGGGAAUGGCCCCUGGCCGGUAGAUGAGGUUUUGAAUCUGUUGGGCAAGUUCAGCUCCCAGUCAUCAUACUACCGGUAUCAGGGAAGACCGUUUGUCUCAACUUUUGAAGGACCGGAAAGUGCAGAUGAUUGGAAGCUCAUCAAGGAGAGAACAGGAGCCUUUUUUGUGCCGGAUUAUUCUUCCCUUGGUGCUAAGGCAGCCAUGGAGCUGGGAGUAGCUGAUGGUCUCUUCAGCUGGGCCGCCUGGCCAUGGGGAGGUCAGGAAAUGGAUACUUAUACCGAUGUCUCUUACCGCCAGUAUCUUGAAAGUGGCAUGCCUUACAUGAUGCCUGCUUCUCCAUGGUUUUAUACAAACCUCCCGGGGUAUAAGAAGAACUGGGUCUGGCGAGGGGACAAUCUUUGGUUUGAUCGCUGGCAGGAAAUCAUGUUCGUCCAACCUGAAUUUGUGGAAAUCAUUUCCUGGAAUGAUUAUGGAGAGUCUCACUACAUUGGGCCUCUGUAUGAUAAGGCAAUGGAAGCUUUUGACAUUGGAAAAGCUCCCUAUAACUAUGCCACAGAUAUGCCCCAUGAUGGGUGGCGGGAAUUUCUCCCCUUCCUUAUUGACACCUACAAAAGCGGCCAGGCCACGAUCAAUCAGGAGAGUCUCAUGGCAUGGUACCGCCUCCACCCGGUCAAUGCUUGUUCAGAUGGUGGCACUUCAGGGAAUACUGCAUCUCAGCUACAGCUUGAGUUCAGCCCCAGUAGCAUUUUCCAAGAUCGCAUUUUCUACUCCGCUCUGCUAGGGUCGCAAGCCUCAGUGACUGUCUUAAUUGGUGGCGCAUCUCAGGAAGGUGGAUGGGACUAUGUCCCUGACGACAAUAUCGGUGUUUACCAUGGCAGUGUACCUACAAAUGGCCAAACCGGGCAGGUGAUAGUGACCAUUCACCGGUCUGGAGCCACCGUUGCCCAAAUGCAGGGUCAGGCAAUCACCACAAGCUGCACUCAGGGUAUCCAAAACUACAACGCUUGGGUAGGAAGUGCCAAAGGAGGACCGGUCUCUGCAACACCAUCCACGAAGCUCGCCGAUCGGAAAUGGACUGGUGCCAACAAUUUCGCGGGUCUCUGCGAAUACAGCUGCAAGUACGGUUACUGCCCUGACGCCUGUGUCUGUCAGGCCAUGGGCGCUCCCCGAAAGCUACCUAAUGCGACCGGCAUCACUGGCUACCCGCUUGAGGGAGAAAGCCCCAGCUACCUUGGGCUCUGCAGUUUUGACUGCAACUACGGCUACUGUCCCGAAACUGCUUGCGGCACCGCGAGUGCCCCCUUGGUGACACCCACCGUGUCCGACUUUGCCCCGCCAGCCUGCGUUGCGGGUACAGGUGAGGGUAAUCUUGCAGGGCUAUGCAGCUACGCCUGUGGAUUUGGGUACUGUCCCCGAAGUUCAUGUCAGUGCACAACUACCGGCCUGCUUGUAGUACCGCCUGCAAUGACCGGAUCUGCCGGAUUCGCGGCAGCGGGCCUUGAUGAGAAUAUAUACGGAGGUCUCUGUGACUUUGCCUGUAAGCGUGGAUAUUGCCUGUCUGGCGCAUGUACCUCCAUCGCUCCAGAGAAGCCUGCUCCUUCUGGUGAGCUGUAUCCUAAUGAUGGAGACUAUGCCGUGACGGGAAACGCAAAAGGAACUCGCAUUUUUUUUGACAAAAAGGGGAAGUGUACCACAGAUCAAGAAGCUUUUAUCAAGGGGGCAUAUGACGAAUUCCAGAUUCUUGCUCGUCGUGAAGGGGUCACCAAGAUCGACUUUAAUUCAAUUGCAGCCUCAGAAUAUCUUUCGCUUGCUGCCAAGAACAAGGAUCAACAGGCAGCGAUUCAAGAUGUUUUCGAAUACCUUUCUUCGGUCUACCCCUCAUGGCUACCCACUGGCUUGUUCAAUCAAAAUCGCGCGACGGUCUUUUACCACGAGAUGUGCCAUGUCGACCAGAACAUAAAUGUACCACCCAAUCCCCAUAUUACGGAUCUCAUGGUUACUAUUGAAGAAAUGCACGGGGAUCUUCCCGUCCAUUUUCCUCAUAAAGCUUAUGGUCCCAAGUUCACAAAAGUCCUGGCACGAUUCGAUGGCGACAUUCUCAAUUCGGCUGGGUAUUAUGUUCAACGCAACGCCGACAACCUCGCCAUGUAUGCGCUAGCCAGCUACGUGCAGGAGCAACUGGGUAACAUUUAUCCAGCGUGGCCCAUCGUCACAGAUAAACCAUUCGAUCCCCCGUAUCAAGGGCACAACGUUAUUCAGUACACCAUUAAUGACGGAAAAGUUGUGUUCACCAACCUUGGAGAUGAUACCGCCAAAGCAGAUGACUGCGCCCUUUCGGCGAACGUCACGUCCAUCGCAGAUAUCAACAAACUGAUCCCAUCGUGGGCCUAUCCAUCGGCCUAUCGGAAGGCGAAAGCUUUGUGGGAAGAAGAUCUCUUUCCAUCCAAGGAACUGGAGAAUAUGAAACUACGAAUCUUGCCGUUUGGAGAUUCAAUCACCGUCGGUACCAAGAGUUCUGACGGCAAUGGAUAUCGUGAAAAGCUGGUUCUAAACCUAGCAGGGAAUGAUGUCAACAUGAUAGGAUCUGUACACGCGGGAUCAAUGUCUGAUAAUGACAACGAGGGCCAUGCCGAUGUCACAAUUCAGGGUCUUCGGUCCUACAGUGAGGUAUUUGAGAAUCGUCCAAAUGUCGUGCUUCUACAUGCAGGAACAAACGAUAUGGCUGGCAAAUCCGCCGUGGAUUCAGCAAUCACCGAGCUAGGCGAGCUGGUGGAUGACAUUUUCAAUGCUUGUCCUGAUACUGUUCUUCUAAUGGCACUGAUCAUUCCCUCAAGCGAUACUACGGUUAACGAUCGAAUCAACCAAUUCAACGAGCUGGCAGUUCAGCUAGUUCGAAAGAAGUUCGAAAGCGGGAAGCAUAUUCUCCUUGUGGAUAUGAAUUCCUUCGUGACUACGGACGACUUGGCCGAUGGAAUGAAUCCCAAUGACAGGGGAUAUCAGAUCAUGGCUGAUGCCUGGGCACGCGGCCUCCAGCGUGCGAAUGCGAUGGGAUGGAUAUCCGAUCCCAUCACUUCCGUCACUACUACCGUCUAUACCACCGUUCAUCCGACGGUGACGAGUACGGUUGUGGUGACAAGUACACCUGACCCGACACCGACGCCCGUUGGCUACGUAUACUGGUUCUUCGGUCUCGAGGAAAUGGGAGACUUCCCUGUCUUUAAAAUUCAAGGUUACGGCUCGAGUACAAGCUUUGAUGAAUGCAAAAUGCGCCCAGAAUGGGAGGAAAACAACGUUGUAUCAAUGCCUAAGAGCUUGAAGGGAGUGACCAUCCAGGACGACGAAUGCGAUUAUGUCGAGACCAACAGCUGGUAUGAGGCAGCGAAAAAUACGCAGGUGGGAGAGUUGGUCUGCUCUAAAUUUGCCCGGGCGAAGUGUUACAAAGCAGAUGUGACAAGCUUGGGCUGUCCAGGGGGUAUUUUUACACUUGAUGUGUGGACUUUUUGUGAGUGGUGA